AUGUCAGACUGUCUUUCGCGUCCUUCUGCAUGCAGCAUAAAGUACUGUUUCAGGAAGAAAUUGGACUAUUUUCAAUCCGAUGCGGAAGAAUUGGCCUCAAAAGGCGUCCAUUUGUUGCUGACGCACGUCGUCCUUUGGCGCAGUGCAAUUGCUCUCUCCUCUCAGCUCGAUUUGGAACAGACUCACUUUGAUCCCGCUUUGAUUCCACUUUGA